AUUAAAGCAAGGUUCAUAAAACUUGGUUUUUGUAUAGGAGACCUUUAUUUAAAUUAUACACGUUUAUGACUGAUGCUUGUAGGUCAAAGGUCAAUGUCACUAUUUAAGGUCAAGUAAAAAUAACUUUCAUAUGCAUUGAUUUACUAUCUUAGCGUUACACACAAAUGUUCCCCAUUAUGAGACAAUGUGUCAACGCAUGACCUAUGCUUGUCGCGGUUAAAGGUUAAGGUCAAGGUCAAGUAAAAUUUUGUUUCUGCUCCAUUACUUUUAAUUGCAUUGAAGGAUUUUUAGUACUACACAGAAAUGUUCCCCUUGAUUGGACUAUGUAUCGCGCACGUGACCCAUGGUUGUCGGUCAAAUGUAAAGGUCACUAUUGAAGGUCAGGUAAAAUUGUUUUUCAUCAGUAGGAGACUUCUGUAUUGUCACUGCGAUACCCGGUCACUUGUUAUACAUGUAAUCUACUUCUGUCAUUUAAUAUGCAAUUAUUAUAGGCCUGCAUUUAUUUUCUAAUUAGAUAUUAAUUGAUACAGUUUUCCUAAUACUGGUAGCUGUUGCCAUACCUUACACAAGUAAUGUAUAUUCACCUUGUAAAAUUUUAUCACAUACCAGACGCAAACAGUCGAAAAUUUAUCGGUUAUCAUAUUAAUCUUAAACUGUAUCAAUAAAGCAAAAGCAAAUCUAAAGUCCUACUGCGUAGUGAUAUACAUGUUUUGCCUUAUAUCUAGCGACCCUAACAGGCAACAUCUGUUUUAUUCAAUAAUUCCAUGAUAAGUUGACUAAACAAAGCAACCAAAUCCAAAUAUUUUCAUUCAGCCGUUAGUUUUGGUCUUACACUGUGUACCGCAUCAUGUGUUAUGACGCCACGAUGCUAUCUAUAUAUUCACUGCUGGAAGUCAACAAGUUGUGUAUGUUAAUUUACCGUUCUUGGACAUUUUUGGUCCAGAUUUUGCAUGUCGUUUCUCCACCCCAUUAUAUUUCAAAACAGCCUUACACCAGACAGUAUAAUUUAUCAAGAUUUAAUAUCGGUUAUUCAUAUAAUUAUGAUACUUAUUCUUGGCUUAUGUAAAUACUGACCUUACUGUGACAGGCGUGAUAAACUGCGAUUCAAAGUUGAUUUUAAUCAAUCCAGACAAGUUUCAUAUUUGCAAUGUUUAUCAAACACAUGUACAUUAUAAAUUAAGUUCACUUGUACUAGAGUGUUAUGAGUGCGAAUAUAUCAAAAGUACUUGUUUAUGUAACUAUAAUUUGUCGGUUUUCAUAUUUGUUAGGAGUGUUUCAUGGAGAUAUUUAGUGAGGAUUGAAAAGCACCUUUUAUGUGUAUUGCUUGCAUUUGUUUGUUCAGUGCUUCUAUCAUUAAAAGUUAACAUAAAUCGAGAAAAUUAAUUAUGGACACAAGACUGAUUAAGUCUAAUAACUUGGGUAGCUAUGGCUCUACUGCAUUUUCAUCGCCAAAUGGCUUCCCAGGUGCUAAAGGGAUGCACUUUGACAAGAACAGUAAUAAGGUGUCACCAAUCACAGACGCUCCUGUAGGGCAAUCUACACUUAACGUAUCAAACGUCUUUUACGUUGUCAAAGAAUGGGUUGGACCUUGGUGGACAGGUGCAUGUUUCAGAAAAACGCGGAGAAAAAUCGUUCUUCGGGACAUAUCAUUGCAAGUGAAAGCAGGGGAAAUCACAGCUAUUCUUGGGAAUUCUGGAUCUGGCAAAACUUCGUUGCUAGACGUCAUUUCAUGUAGAUCGUCUGGCGCAGUAAGCGGACAAGUAUGCUUCAAUAACGUCAGAUGUACACGUGACGUCGUUCAGCAGCAUGCAACGUACGUUAUGCAGGCAGAUCGUUUGUUGCCGAACUUAACCGUGAGAGAGACACUUCGAUACACAGCAAGGCUCAAGUUGCCGGGAAAUAUUAAAACAAAUGAUAUAGAACAGAAGGUAUCUAAAGUUAUACAGCAGAUGGGUCUGAAGGAUGUUGCCGAUUCCAGAAUAGGAAGCAGUAUAAUCCGGGGAAUCUCAGGUGGAGAACAAAGACGUGUUACCAUAGCAAUACAAUUACUGAAAGACCCAGAUAUGGUUUUGUUGGAUGAACCUACUUCAGGAUUAGAUAGCUAUACCGCUCGAUAUUUAGUAAAGAAUCUCCGGGAUUUAGCACAGCAAGGCAAAAUCGUCUUAUUGACAAUUCACCAGCCCAGUUCUGAUAUCUUCCACAUGUUCGAUGAGAUUGGAAUCAUGUCACAGGGACAGAUGGUAUAUUGUGGACCUGGAAAAGAAAUGGUUCCUUACUUCACAUCUUUAGGUUAUCCCUGCGAUAGAUACACCAAUCCUUUAGACAGAUACGUUGAUGUAUCAAGUAUAGACAGACGGGAUUUAGAAAGGCAGUAUGAGAGCACCAAACGUGUCGGAAGUCUAGUCGAAGCUUUCCAAAACUCUUCGAUAUACCACCAAACACUCAACAGUAUAACUGAAGCCACGAAUACUCUUGACGUCCCACUUUCUUAUAAAGGUCUUACGAAACCUAGUGGUCCAAGCUUUGCUAGAGUACUGUUUACUCUUGUAGGCCGAAUGUAUACCAACGUCUUCAGGGACAGGAAGGACUAUUUCGCUCGUAUCUUUCUACUUCCCUUGUUUAUGGUGUUCAUUCUGAUAUUCCUGGGAAGGCUAAAGCACACUCAAUCCAGUAUACAGGACCGCAUUGGGCUAAUUUAUAACGCUACAACUGCCCCGCCCUUCAUGGGAAUCAUCAACAGUAUUGCUCUCUUCCUCUGUCUAAGGAAUUUAUACUACCGUGAAAGUCGAGAUGGUCUGUAUGGAUCGGCAACAUUCUUGAUUGCUUAUUCAAUACAUGUGAUUCCUUUUAAUGCCGCUUCAAGCAUCAUAUUUAGCAGCAUUAUAUACUGGGUUACUGGACUUUACCCAUCCGCAGACAGGUUUGGUAUAUUUACACUAGAAGUAUUCAUUUUGCACUACUGGGGAGAAAUGUUGACUGUCGCAUGUCUAGGAAUGUUCAUGAAUCCUAAUUUAGCCAACAGUGUGGCAGCCUUACUCCAGUCUGCUACAGUUAUAAUAGCAUCAGGAUAUGUAAAAACUCUGGGUAAUCUUGUGAAGCCUUUGGAAUGGUUAAGUUGGGUUCUCAUUCACAAAUAUUCGGCAGAAAUCUUUAUUGCGAAUGAGUUUAAAGAUCUUAAAUUAGACUGUGACCGAAACGUUACAUUAAACUGUAUCGAGAAUGGGAAUAGCUUUAUCGAUGCCUACUUUCCUGGUGCCGAUGAUCACAUAGCAAGAAACUUUGGAUGUUUAGUCGCGUACUCAGCAGGGACACUGAUUUUUGCUAUCCUAGUCUUCAAAUUAGCUGGACUAAGAAACCUGCAUUAGAACGAAGACGUUUAUUGACUGGUAGAAUUCGCCUUGGAAUUUAGCUUUACAACUUAGAUGAAUUGAGUCUCACGUGUAAUAGUGCUUACUUGUGUACAAUUUGUGGUCAGAAAAAGACAUUUUGGCUCUGUGUAUUUUAGGAAAACAUUCUUUUAAAUAUUUGAGCUAUGUAUUUAUAAGUCUCGUAUGUGUACAUCAUAACAACAAAUUCGAAUUAAAAAAAAAGUAAACAAGAAAAAUUCUGUAAAGUCGAAAGAGUUAUGAGACUGCCAAAAGUCUAUAUUAUAUCUCGCUGAUGUUCUAUAUAUAUUUGAUGAUCGAGUGGCAGAUGCUAAAUACUUCAUGGUGUAAGUUACUAGUGAAAACAAAAAAAAAGGAAAUGAUGUUGAUCAAAUUGAAUAGACCUCGAAACUAGCAAUGAUUUGUGUUUGUUCUCUUUUGUUGGGUCUGUUUUUUUGUCGCACCGGCACAAUUAUAGGUCAAAUGGUGACUUUCCAACUUUACUUUCCAUCCGUUUCACUUAAUUGACUUAAUAAACUAAUAUCAAUAAUCCAUGCUUUUCAUGAUAAAAAACCAAAAUCAAAGGCCUGAAGGGCCUGAGAGUCGGCUAAUGAUUGGUUGUUUUUCUUUUGGUUGGGUUUAACGUCGCACCGACACAUUUUAGGUCAUACGGCGACUUUCCAGCUUUGAUGGUGGAACCACUGACCUUCCGUAAGCCAGCUGGAUGGCUUCCUCACAUGAAAAAUUCAACGCCCCGAGUGAGGCUCGAACCCACACCGAUGAGGGGCAAGUGAUUUGUAGUCAGCGACCUUAAC